UUGUUCAGCGGAGAGUUUUCCGAACAAUGCCGCCCCCCGAGCAGGAAGUUUGGAGGCACAGUGAGAAAAAUGGCCGGACUGCAUCCAAACACUGCACUCUGAACUGGACACUGCCAGGAAUAUAAGGGUUAUACAGUUAAAUCCUGUCCUCUGGUGUGAUAUUUAUUAUUUCUCCGCAGCUGAAGUGAAUCAUGAGACGCAUCGCUCUGACUGUAUUCAUCCGCGCAGGACUGCUGACAUGGCGAGACUUCUUUCUGUUAGGAGACUGUUCGCUGUGUGUCUCUGUGGGUCAGCGGCAGUUUUCCUAAUCAUAACUCUUCAGGUCGUAGAGGAACUGGGCCAGUUUGAGCAGAAGGCUCACAGACUCCCCCUGAAGGGAAGACAAGAGUUAACACAGAUCCAGCCGGACAGCAGUUUGCUCACUGAGGACAAGAUAUCUGCUGCUUCAGAAGACUGGUACCCCUUUAUAGUGUGGUGGUCCCCACUGACUGGUGAGCUGGGACGGCUUGGGGAGUGUGGCAGUAACAGAUGUUUUUUCACCAUCAAUAAAUCCCAUCAUGCUCACCCUUCUACUCACGCCUUCCUGUUUUAUGGUACGGACCUUAACGUCGAGAGCCUCCCUCUUCCAAGGAAGGAGCAUCAUCAGUGGGCUCUGUUCCACGAAGAGUCGCCCAAGAACAACUACAAGCUCUUUCACGAGCCGGUUAUCACACUUUUCAACCACACUGCCACCUUUAGCCGCCACUCCCACCUCCCCCUGACCACCCAGCACCUGGAGAGCCUCCGAGUGCUGACCUCCCACACAUACCUGCUGCCCCUCGCUCAGAAGAACCACCUGAGACACACUCUGGCUCCCGUGGUCUACGUCCAGUCCGACUGUGACCCUCCAUCAGAUAGAGACGUCUACGUUCAGGAGCUUAUGAAGCACAUCCAAGUGGACAGCUAUGGGCAGUGCCUCAACAACAAGGAUCUGCCCCCACACCUCAGAGACUCUACAGCUAUGGAGGAACAGAGCUUUUACCAGAUCCUGGCCCAGUAUAAGUUCAUCCUGGCUUUCGAGAAUGCCAUCUGUGACGACUACAUUACAGAGAAACUGUGGCGGCCGCUCAAACUGGGAGUGGUUCCUGUGUACUACGGAGCCCCGAAUGUGCACAUGUGGCUCCCCAGUAACAGGAGUGCAAUCGUGGUUGACCCCAAUGAACCUCCAGAGAAACUGGCCCAGUAUUUAAAGAGACUGGAUAAAAACGACUGGGAGUAUUUAACAUAUCUAGACUGGAAGAUGAAGCAAGAAAUCUCAAAUCAGAGACUAGUUAAAGAACUGAAGGAGCGUAGCUGGGGAGUCCAGGAUAUCACCCAGGAUAACUUCAUAGAUGUCUUUGAGUGCAUGGUGUGUAACCGGGUCUGGGAGAACAUCAACAGACAAAAAGAGGGUCUGCCUCCCCGACUGUGGCAGGCUGAAGCGGACCACCUGAAGUGCCCACCGCCGAGGCUCUUUGACUUUUCUGCAGCUCCUCCGAACAGCACGUCUCUGCGGCGUAUCUGGAGAGCGAGUUACGCUCAGUCUGAGAAGGAAGCCCGAGCUCUGAGACGGCUCGUCCUGAGGAACACUAACUUCACCCUCACACAGUUCUGGAGGGAGGUCUUCACUGACUGAAUGUGCAUGCUCUUGUUUUAUAGAUUAAAACAUUUGGUAUAGAUUUAAAAGUUUGGAUACCUUAAGUGAGGUGUACAUAGCUUAAUGCAAUCAGUGUUUAGUUUAUUCAGGUUUACUGUAAUGUUACUGCACAGAGAUGCCUUUUGAGGUAGACUGAUACAAAGCCUUGGUUACAGUUACACAGAUGGCUGUGAUGUUCUCUUUUUCUUUCUUUCUGUUUCUUGAAAUCUGUAUCAGAUUGAAUUUUACACAAGCUGUAGGCAUGUGAUAUUUUGCUGGGCUGAUAUAUCUCUACAGGAAUGUGGACUAUAUACAAUAAUGUCCUGCUGCUUAUACAGUAUUUUAGAGAAAAGAUAUUAGAUAUUAGAUAUUAAUCUUUUUUCUAUUUUUUGUUCCUGCAAUUUUCACUUUAACACAAUGUGGGAAAAAAAGCUGGAUUUGAUUCUUGGAAGUGCCCUGGAUUCAUGGAAUACACGUUGUCUUGGUUUGGGGUAUCUUGUAAACAACUUCAGUCAUAAAAAUAGCAGGUUUUUCAAGAGUGAUUACUCUAUUGACACCAUUGGGGUUUAAAUAACACAUAAAUAAAUUAGGGUUAAAUAAUAAUGUUAAACUUUUAAACUGUUAAACAUCUAAAGUUGUCCAGUAGAGUCUGGCAACAAGACCUAUGGUAGCAGCAGAUCCUUUAGGUUCUGUAAGUUGUAAGAUAAGGCCUACAUGGACUGCACCAGUGAGCCUAAGAUAUCCAUCACCACUUGGAGCAUGUUUGAUUGGUACUGACCACUGCAUACCAGAAAAAAACCCACUAGACCUGCCUGAUGUUUUGGAGGUGCUCUGAACCUUCCAGUGAUCCAGUCAACUGUCACAAUGUGGCUCUUAUGAAUGUGACUCAAAUUUUGACACUUGCUAUUUUGUUCUGAUUUUGAAACAUCAGCUUCAUGAACUGACUGUUCAUUUGCUGCCUAAUAUCUAAUGUACCAAUCUUCUCAACAGAUGUCAUUGUAGAUUAAGAUAUAAGGAUAUCUUUAAUUUUACCGGUUAGUGUGAUACAUUUUACAUUUUGCUGACCAGUGUACUUGCACAUCAUGUAAUUAAUUUCACUAGUAUGCAUACUUAUACACAAUUACUAAAAUUUACUGUUAUGACUUUCAGUAUUUUAGCCUCAGUGUUCUUGUUCUUCUGUGUUAAUAAAUAUGUAAUCUAUGCAUGUUGCUAACUUGAUCUCAGGGUAGGAUUUUUUUGUUUAUUGUGCCUUCCUAGCACAACAUAAAAGGGCUAAACUCUAAACACAUCCAAACACACACUUAACCAUAUGACCUUAAAACUAAAGCAUUCAAAUCUGUUAUAAUACAACCCCACUUACCAAAAAUCUAAAAUACCGCUUUUAUAUUCAAUCAUAGAAGUUAGUUGCAAUUUGCCUCUAUUGUAGCUGUUUUUUUGUUAGUACCACUAACUUUUGAUGUCAAGUUCUAAAUAACAGCACACUCAGAAGCACACAUGCCCAGAGUGGGGGGCAGCAAUCAGUCCAGCAAACCUGUAUAUUGAACCAAAAACCUUUUUUGUUUUUUUAAAUGCUCCUUUGCUCUAACCACUGAGACACUGGUUUCAGUUAAUGUUUCACUUUCAGCAUCUGAUGUUUUUGAUUUUACAGCACCCCAACUUUUUUGGAAUUGGGGUUGUAUGUAUGUAUAUCAGCUUAUACUAAGGGCAGAAUUCUGCUUAGUAAAUAUUAGUACAUAAAGCAGUAUUACAAUGAAUGUUUUGUUUAAAAUGAAAUUUACAGUACUGAAAUUCUUAGCAUUUUAAUAAAAGUUUUAAUAUGUA